AUGAUGGAGGAGUUGGGUUGCGUUGAAGAAGGUAAGGUUAUGUAUUAUCACUUUAAACGACCGUUAGGGGAUUUAGAUUUUGGGUUGUUUGCAUUGGAUAGUGAUCAAGAUUUCAACCACUUAAGGUCCUACGUUGCUUCACAUAAGCUUACAGAAGUGUAUACAAAAUUUUGGCGUACCAACUUGCAUACAUAUGCUAUGUCUCCUAACCCUUCAAAACUUAGGAUUGAAGAGAUUGUUGAACCCCCUUAUUGUUCUAGAAGGUUGUGUCUCGAAUGGAUUGACACAACCACCGUUGAACCCCCUGUUUUAGGACCAAGCAUGCAAACCCCUACAAUGGAACCUAACAUGGAAUCCCCUAGUCAUAUUGAUAUUGCACAUGUGAAUCUAGUGAUAGUGAGGGUUGGAGAAUCCAGUGAUAGUGAUGAUAGUGAUUUCAUUGUGGAUGAGGAUAACUUGUUGGAUGAUUCUGAGGUGGACAUGCAUGAUUUCUACCUCAACAUUGAUGAUAAUUUGGAGUGGAUUGGUGAUGCUCCUAUUACAACAGAGAAUGUAGUAAUGUCUGAUGGGGAGAUGGAGGUGAUCAACACUGAUGUUCUACAAUCUGAGUCAUCGUCUGAUUAA